AUGGGAGCCCCUUCUGCCAAUUCGAAUGGGCUUGGGAAUGAUAUCAACAAAACGUCCGGCUGGACUCCUGAUUCUUGGAGAUCAAAGCCCAUCAAGCAGUGCCCGGAUUACCCGGAUCUCCAGGCAGUCAAGAAGGCCACCAGCGAACUUCAGAGGCUUCCCCCCAUCGUUCACCCUCACGAAAUAAACAAGCUAAAGGAGCACCUGAAGGAUGUCGCCCAAGGUAACGCCUUCCUGCUGCAGGGAGGUGACUGCGCCGAGCUCUUUGACUACUGUCGCCAAGACGCUAUCGAGUCCAAGAUCAAGCUCUUGCUACAAAUGAGCUUGGUUCUCAUCUGGGGUGCCGAUAAGCGGGUCGUUAGAAUCGGUCGUAUGGCCGGUCAGUAUGCCAAGCCUCGAUCGAGCCCCUUUGAGACAGUCGACGGGAAGCAGGUUCCGUCUUUCAGAGGCGACAUUCUCAAUGGGUUUGCCCUUGACGAACGAAAGUUGGACCCCCAGAGACUUGUCAACCACUCAGCAGCGACGCUGAACUACAUCAGAGCAGCCAUUGCCGCAGGAAUCGCUGACCUUCACCGGCCUCUCAACUGGGGGCUUGGCCAUGUCAAGGACCCCGAGCUGAAGGCAAAGUACUCUGAAGCCGUGCGCUUCCUGACGGACAUGCUUCGCUUCAUGCGCACCAUUGGAGCCGACAAGAGCGACAAGCUUGACACGGUUGACCUGUACACCAGCCAUGAGGGCUUGCUCUUGGAGUACGAGCAGGGUCUUACACGAUUAAUGGAGAAUCCUAUGUACUCGGGUGAUGAUACGGAAAAGAAGAUGGAGUACUACGACACCUCGGCCCAUUUCAUCUGGAUCGGCGACCGAACGCGACAGAUUGAUCAUGCCCAUAUUGAAUUCUUCCGCGGCAUUGCGAAUCCUAUCGGCAUCAAGGUCGGCCCCACGACCCCUGUGGCCGACUUACUCGAGUUGCUUCGCACGCUCAACCCCGACUGCGAGCCCGGAAAGAUCACGCUCAUCACUCGCUACGGUGCUUCCAAGGUCAAGGAGCUCCUGCCUUCUCACAUCCGCGCCGUUGAGAGUAGCGAAUACAAGCGAUGCGUCAUCUGGCAAUGUGACCCGAUGCACGGCAAUACUCGAUCGACCGAGACCGGCAUCAAGACUCGCCGCUUUAACGACAUCUUCUCGGAGCUACAAGAGACGCUGCGGAUUCACAACGAGGAAGGUAGUUACCUCGGCGGUGUUCACUUAGAGCUCACAGGUGACGCUGUCACGGAGUGCACGGGUGGAAGUGAGGGCUUGGAUGACGAUGAUCUCUCGACCAACUACACAAGCUUCUGCGACCCGAGACUCAACGAGAAGCAGGCGCUGGAGCUUACUUUCCUGGUGGCUGACCACUUCCGACAGGGAAGAGAGGAUCUAAAAGCCAAGACUUGA